AGUCUAGUCAGAUGAUCAACGCGGGUGGUUUGUUUGCUGGUCGAUUAACGUAUGAACGGAGCAGGAAACAUUGAUUGCAGAAAAUGGGAGGACGUCUACUUGAUGUAUAUUUCAAAUCAAUGCCCGGCAGAUAGCAUUUCAAUCAAGGGAACUUUGUUCCUAACAGACCAUGGAUCAAAAGUAAGUAUUCACUGGGUACCCCAUCAUGAUCAAGAUUCGUCAUUAUCCCAAGAAGAUAGAAAAGGUUAUGAAAUCGAUAUUAAGGAUAUGGAUUUUCUUGUUAUACGAAAGGCCCCAUGCUUUCCUUGCCGUGGAGUGUAUUUAUCCCUAAAAUCACAAAAACCUUAUGGCCCAUUCGAGUUCCGUAAAGGUGGUUCAAGUUCAUUUUUGCGAAGUUUGAGUACUUUGGCUGAUGUUAGAAGAUGUCAUGAUGACGAGAAUCGGUACAUUGUCAGACCUCGUCCACAAUAUAAUUUUACUUCUAAUUACCAUCUUCCUGAUCCUUUUGUACAAAACAAACGUCAUUUCAGUUCAGCAAGAGUGGAAGCGGAAGGGCUGAUUGGGUCCCCUUUUUCUGGCCAAUUAGGUGCUUCAUUAAGAAAUAUUGGAAUACAUGUCAACUCAAUUGUUAGCACUAUAUUAUCACCUAAUUUAAUCGAUGAAAAUAUAGCUCCAAAUAACGGCUCAUCCGAAGAGUAUUUUGCAAAAUGUAUUGCAGAAGAUCUACAGAAAAUCGAAGCUGCACGUUUAAGAACUACCGAUGAUGGAGGAUUUGCUGUUGUUGAACGAAGACCAAACCCUAUUUCUCUCCCACCAAUGCCCACUGUUCAGCGUUCCCUUCCACUGAAUAUGACCCAAUGGAAAAAGUCACUGGAUCCAGAAGGUCGUGUAAAUCGACCUGAAAAUUUACGUGAAAUAAUAUUCAAUGGUGGUAUUGAAAAUGAUUUAAAACCGAUAGUAUGGAAGUAUUUGCUCGGUUAUUAUCAAUGGACUUAUACAGCAGAAGAAAAUGAAAGAUUAAAAGUUGAAAAAAGUCGUGAAUACCACAUCUUGAAGACAUUUUGGAAGUCAAUGUCCCCUGAUCGAGAAGCUAGGUUUGCAUUGUUUCGUGAUCGUAAAUGUUUUAUUGAUAAAGACGUUCCACGUACUGAUCGAAAAACUGAUUUCUACUCAGAUGAUAGUCAUGGAAAUUUGACACGUCUUUCAGAUAUACUUAUCACGUAUACUAUAUAUAAUAUGGAUUUCGGUUACUUUCAAGGAAUGAAUGAUUUACUCGCAUUAAUACUUUAUGUUAUUAAAGAUGAAGAAGAUUCUUUUUGGUGUUUUGUUGGUUUAAUGAAUAGACUAGAAUCUAAUUUCAAUGGUGAACUCAAUGCAGUCAGAGAACAAUUUAAUCAAUUAUUUUCACUGAUUGAAAUAGUUGAUCCAACUUUCAGUGAAUAUCUUGAGUCGAAAAGUGCCAAAGAAAUGCCGUUUUGCUUCCGCUGGUUGUUAAUUCAUUUCAAACGAGAAUUCUCAUACAAAGAUACUAUGACUUUAUGGGAGGCGUUUUGGACAGAUUAUCGGACUAAGAAUUUCCAUAUCUUUUUCGCUGCCGCCAUACUUUUGACUCAAAGAGAUAAUAUCAUGAAUAGAAAAUAUGAUGCAAACAGUAUAUUAAAGCAUGUGAAUGAACUAUCCAUGAAGAUUCCACUGGAAGACUCUAUAAUUCGUGCUACAGCCUUGUUAGGCCAGCUGGAACAAGUGUCUGAUUCUUUACCACAUUCUGUGCAGGAUAUUAUUCAUGGACAGUCUUUAGCAACGUCUAGACAUGUUAAUGUCUACAAAGAGGAAAACACCAGUUGUACAGAGCAUUCAUCAUCUAUUUAUGAUUAUUCACCAACUUUGUUAAAUGAGCAACUAGAAGUAUUGAUGGAUAAUGAAAUGUUUGAUCCAAAUAAAGAUAUAACUAAUCAGUCUAUUUUAAUGAUCCCAUCUAAUAGCAGUAGACAAUUCUUCUAGUGACUAUCUAGAUGAUGCUUAAUGCAGACACCAGGUUUCAAACUCCUUAACAAGUGUGCUUUAUAAUUUCUUAAAUCGGACCUGUUAAAUAACUGGUGUGUGCAUAUUCAACGUAAACCAGGAGCAUCUAUCAUGGUUCUCCGUUUUGUUCAUGUAUACAUUUAUCUACUUAUCCUUAAGUUUAUUCGACUAUAUAUUUUUAUCCUUGUAAUUUUUCCUCUAUCAGCACUGUGAUUGUACUAUUAAUAAUGAUUUUUCUUCUAUUUAUUGAAAAGAAACCAAAAUAUUUCUCUGAAUAAAAGUAAUUUCCUGAAUCUUAA